AUGGCAACAAUCAAAAAAUACCAUAUAAGAGGAAGGAAAAAUAUUUUAAUUUUUUUACUUAAAAUAUUUUUCUUUUCUCCUUUAAUAUGGAUACUAAUUUAUUCUGAAUAUUAUACGGUUCAUAAGAAUUAUAAUAAAAAGACCAAUGCUUAUAAUAUAUGUGAAAUAAGAAUUAAAAGAUCAUUAGCCCAGGUUUUGGCGAAUAGAAGGUUAAGCAGUCGUGGAGUAAGGGAUCCUAGAACUAAGGACAUGUUAAAAGAAAAACAAUUAAGGGAUCAUAAAAGAAAAGAGGCUUUAAAACAAAAGGCUAUAAGAAGUGAGAAAGAAAGAAAUGCUUUAAAGGAAAAGAUGUUAAAAGAACAAAAAAAGAAAGAGUCACAGAAAUCAAAUGAUUUAGCAAAAAAGGAAAGCAAAAACACUUUAGAAGAAAAAACAUUAAAGGAAAAAGAGAAUGAAAAAACAUUAAAGGAAAAAGAAAAUGAAGAAGCUUUGAAAAAAAAAGAAUUAGAAAAAGAAAAGGAAAAAGAAGAAAAGAAUAUAAUAAAAAAUAAUAAUGAUGGAGCAUUAAAGAAUAAAGAAAAUGAUAAAAAUGGAAAACAAUUAGUUCCAAAAAAAUUAGAACCCGUAGAAAAGGAAUUGAAACAAAUGGAAUCUAAAGAGAAAGAAUUAAUAAAACAACAUUUAAAGGAUUAUAAGGAGAGAAAGGAAAAAAGAAGAAAUUGGAUACUAAGUAGUUUGAGAAAAGAUAAAUUAAGAGAAAUUGAAGAAUUAGAAAAGUUAAAUUCUCAAUUAGAAAAUUCUAUAAAUGAGCUAAAAGAAAGAAGAGCUGCAAGAAGACCUAUGAUGGUAAAAAUGCAGCGUGGGAUGAAAGAUGAAGUUGAUGAAUGGAUUAAAAAAUAUGAUGAUGAACAAGCAGAAAAGAAUGGUACGAAAGAUGAAGAAAUUAAAGAUAAAGGUGAUGGUUAUGAAGAAAUUGUUGAAACGAAAUUUUAUGGUAUGAGGGAAAAUGCACUUGGGGAAUUAGAUGAAUAUGAAGAAAGAUAUGAAAAAAAACGUUAUUAUUUAAAAGAAAAUGAAGAUGGAGAUUUAAAAGAUAUUGAAGAAAAAUUAGAAGAAUCUGGUUAUGGUUUUAGGGAAAAAUUUCCGACAACGAGAAUAUUGGUUAAAAGAAAAAGAAAUAAAGAACACAAAGCAAAAACGUUAGUUGCUGAAGAACCAGACAAUGAGAAAAAAAUUAAAUUGAAGGGUUCUGAUGAUAAUGAUGUGGUUACCGUAAAUGAACAUCAAUCAUCUUUUCCUGAUAAAUUUAGAGCUCCAGAUAAAAAGAGAACAAUGUUUUAUAGACUAAGUGAAUUGUUUCCUAUUGUACCAAGAAAAGAUAAUGAGCUUGUUGUUUCUGGAGAUAGUAUGGAUUCAAAUGUAAAUAGAAAAAAAUUCAAAUUAUCUUUUAAUCCAUUUAAAAGACGACGUGAUAAACUAAAGGAGAGAAAAAUGCAAGAAUUACACAAGUUUAAAAGAAAUUAUAAAAAAUAUAAAAAAUUGUUAGAAAGGGAAAAGAGAGAAAAUCCGGAUGGUGAACCUUUGAGUACACCAGAAAUACAUGUUAUAAGACCUUCAGAUUUAAUGGAUAAAGAAGAAAAUAAAUCAGCAGGUCAUCCAUUUAAAUAUCAACCAACAAAAGGAUUAAAGGAAUACGAAAAGAGUCAUGUCUCAAAAGAUUAUCAAUUGGAACAUGAACCACCAACCAAAUUACCUGAAUACGAAAAAGGUCAUGUAUCUAGGGAAUAUCAACUUGAUAAUGAAGUACGAAAUGAAUUACCUGAAUACGAAAAGGCUCAUGUAUCUAGGGAAUAUCAACUUGAUAAUGAAGUACGAACUGAAUUACCUGAAUACGAAAAGGCUCAUGUAUCUAGAGAAUAUCAACUUGAUAAUGAAGGUCCAUCUACAUUAAAGGAAUAUGAUCAAACGGAGUUAGCAAAAGGUAAAGAUAUAACUAAUAAACCACACGAAAAUCUAGAAGAAUAUGAUCAAACAGAAUUAGCAAAAGGUAAAGAUAUAACUAAUAAACCACACGAAAAUCUAGAAGAAUAUGAUCAAACAGAAUUAGCAAAAGG